CGUGGUGGUGUCUGGGGCCUUUCAGCCCAGCGCCAGCACCCAGGUCCACGUGCGCCCGUGUGUGUGACACAGCCCUGACCUCAGUAGGGGCCAGUAGCCAAUCAGGCGCCGGGACGGGAUCCCCAGCCAAUCGGGGGCGGGGCCUGCGGCUCCGCCGGCAGGAGGCCAAUGAGGGGCAGUGUCUGGCAUUAUGCAACCCGCCUCCUGGCCCCGCGAAGCUUCCACUCGGCUGAGCGCUUCAACCGCGGCGGGCAGGCGACCGGAGGGCGCUCGCGCGGCCAGGUAGGCAUCUCCAGGGCCACCAGGGGACCGGUCUCCCGCUCCAAGUCGGACUUCCAGCCCGAGGCGCUGCUUUCGGCCCUGGCGCUCGGACGGCACACGGGUGCUGCCCGUGAUCGAACUUCUCAAUCCUCAGAGGCUUGGAUCUCCCUCACUCCCGCAGCCAGGCCGGCCGGCCUCCUCGUGCGCUCGUGGUGGCCUCUCCGCCUUCCGUGUUUUCCUCCUGCCAUCCCCAUGGCCCAGACAUGAGUGGACCCCUAGAAGGGGCUGAUGGGGGAGGGGACCCCGGGCCGGGGGAAUCCUUUUGCCCGGGAGGGGCCCCAUCCCCUGGACCUCCGCAGCACCGGUCUUGCCCUGGUCCCAGCCUGGCUGAUGACACAGAUGCCAACAGUAAUGGCUCCAGCGGUAACGAAUCCAAUGGGCCUGAGUCCCGGGGGGCGUCUCAGCGGAGCUCACACAGCUCCUCGUCGGGCAACGGCAAGGACUCGGCCCUGCUGGAGACCACUGAGAGCAGCAAGAGCACGAACUCUCAGAGUCCAUCCCCGCCCAGCAGUUCCAUUGCCUACAGCCUCCUGAGUGCCAGCUCUGAGCAGGACAACCCGUCUACCAGUGGCUGCAGCAGUGAACAGUCAGCCCGGGCGAGGACCCAGAAGGAACUCAUGACGGCUCUGCGGGAGCUCAAGCUUCGGCUGCCCCCCGAGCGCCGGGGCAAGGGCCGCUCUGGGACGCUGGCCACGCUCCAGUAUGCUCUGGCCUGUGUGAAGCAGGUGCAGGCCAACCAGGAGUACUACCAGCAGUGGAGCCUGGAGGAGGGUGAGCCCUGCGCCAUGGACAUGUCCACCUACACGCUGGAGGAGCUGGAGCACAUCACCUCCGAGUACACGCUGCGCAAUCAGGACACCUUCUCCGUGGCGGUCUCCUUCCUGACAGGCCGCAUCGUCUACAUUUCGGAGCAGGCGGGUGUCUUGCUGCGCUGUAAACGGGAUGUGUUCCGGGGGGCCCGCUUCUCGGAGCUGCUGGCGCCCCAGGAUGUGGGCGUCUUCUAUGGCUCCACGGCCCCGUCUCGCCUGCCUACCUGGGGUGCUGGGACCUCGGCAGGUUCAGGUGCCAAAGACUUCACCCAAGAGAAGUCUGUCUUCUGCCGCAUCAGAGGAGGUCCUGACCGGGACUCAGGGCCUCGGUACCAGCCAUUCCGCCUCACACCCUAUGUGACCAAGAUCCGGGUGUCCGAAGGGGCCGCAGCACAGCCAUGCUGCCUGCUCAUUGCAGAACGCAUCCACUCGGGUUACGAAGCUCCCCGGAUCCCCCCAGACAAGAGGAUCUUCACCACUCGGCACACCCCCAGCUGCCUUUUCCAGGACGUGGACGAAAGGGCCGCCCCCCUGCUGGGCUACCUCCCCCAGGACCUCCUGGGGGCCCCAGUGCUCCUGUUCUUGCAUCCUGAGGACCGACCCCUCAUGCUGGCCAUCCACAAGAAGAUCCUGCAGUUGGCUGGCCAGCCCUUUGACCACUCCCCAAUCCGCUUCUGCGCCCGGAAUGGAGAGUAUGUCACCAUGGACACCAGCUGGGCUGGCUUUGUGCACCCCUGGAGCCGCAAGGUGGCCUUUGUCUUGGGCCGCCACAAAGUACGCACGGCACCCCUGAACGAGGACGUGUUCACACCGCCGGCCCCCAGCCCGGCUCUGUCUCUGGACUCCGACAUCCAGGAGCUCUCGGAGCAGAUCCACCGGCUGUUGUUACAGCCCGUGCACAGCCCCAGUCCCACGGGGCUCUGUGGAGUGGGCCCUGUCGCUUCCCCGGGCCCUCUCCUCAGCCCUGGCUCCUCCAGUGACAGCAACGGGGGUGACGCCGAGGGACCUGGGCCUCCUGCGCCAGUGACAUUCCAGCAGAUCUGUAAGGACGUGCACCUGGUGAAGCACCAGGGACAGCAGCUUUUCAUCGAGUCCCGCGCUCGGCCUCCGGCCCGGCCCCGCCUCCCUGCUACAGGCACAUUCAAGGCCAAGACCCUUUCCUGCCAGUCGCCAGACCCGGAGCUGGAAAUGGUCCCUGCUCCCCUCCAGGCCCCACUCGCCUUGACCCCUGAGGAGGCUGAGAGGAAAGAUGCGUCCACUUGUUCCUACCAGCAGAUCAACUGCCUGGACAGCAUCCUCCGGUACCUGGAGAGCUGCAACAUCCCCAGCACGACCAAGCGGAAGUGUGCCUCCUCGUCGUCCUGUACUGCCUCCUCAGCCUCCGAUGAUGACAAGCAGAGGACAGGCCCGGUUCCUUUGGGGGCCAAGAAAGAUCCAGCACCAGCAGUGCUGUCCGGGGAGGGGGCCAGCCCACAGAAGGAGUCUGUGGUAGGAGGCGCCCUGAGCCCGCUCGCCCUGGCCAAUAAGGCGGAGAGCGUGGUGUCUGUCACCAGCCAGUGUAGCUUCAGCUCCACCAUCGUCCAUGUGGGAGACAAGAAGCCCCCGGAGUCGGACAUCAUCAUGAUGGAGGACCUGCCUGGCCUGGCUCCAGGCCCAGCCCCCAGCCCAGCCCCCAGCCCCACGGUAGCCCCCGACCCUGCCCCAGACGCCUACCGCCCGGUCGGCCUGACCAAGGCCGUGCUGUCCCUGCACACACAGAAGGAGGAGCAGGCCUUCCUCAGCCGCUUCCGAGACCUCAGCCGACUGCGGACACUUGAUGGCUCCUCCCCGGCCCCCCUGGCCCCUGGCGAGCGAGGCUGCCACCACAGCCCCGCACCCCACGGUCGCCGACACCACUGCCGCUCCAAAGCCAAGCGCUCCCGCCACCACCAGACCCCCCGGGCUGAUGCCCCCUGUUACAGCUCCCACCCACCGCCUGUGUCACCCUCGGCCCCCUGGCCCCCCCCGCCAGCCACUGCUCCCUUCCCAGCCAUGGUCCAGUCCUACCCUCUCCCAGUGUUCUCCACUCGAGGAGGCCCCCAGCCUCUCCCCUCUGCCCCCACAGCUGGGCCCCCUGCAGCUUUCCCUGCCCCGCUGGUGACUCCCAUGGUAGCCUUGGUGCUCCCUAACUACCUGUUCCCCACCCCAUCUAGCUAUCCCUAUGGGGUAGCCCAGACCCCCGCCGAAGGGCCUCCCACCCCCGCCUCCCACUCCCCUUCUCCGUCCCUGCCCCCGCCGCCCCCCAGCCCUCCUCGCCGGCCAGACUCUCCGCUAUUCAACUCCCGCUGCAGCUCCCCGCUCCAGCUGAAUCUGCUACAGCUUGAGGAGCCCCCGCGUGUUGAAGGGGGCGCUGUUGCAGGGGGCCCUGGGAAUAGUGCUGGGCCCCCGCCCUCCGGCGAGGAGGCCACUGAGCCAGAGGCCAGACUGGCGGAGGUGACUGAGUCCUCCAACCAGGACGCGCUGUCGGGCUCCAGUGACUUGCUGGAGCUGCUGCUGCAGGACUCCCGCUCUGGCACGGGCUCCGCCGCCUCCGGCUCCCUGGGCUCCGGCCUGGGCUCCGGCUCGGGCUCGGGCUCCCACGAGGGAGGCAGCACCUCAGCCAGCAUCACACGCAGUAGUCAGAGCAGCCACACGAGCAAGUACUUCGGCAGCAUUGACUCUUCUGAGGCCGAAGCCGGGGCUGCCCAGGCCAGGGCUGAGCCCGGGGACCAGGUCAUUAAGUACGUGCUCCAGGAUCCCAUCUGGCUGCUCAUGGCCAACGCUGACCAGCACGUCAUGAUGACCUACCAGGUGCCGUCCAGGGACGUGGCCUCUGUGCUGAAGCAGGACCGGGAGCGGCUCCGGGCCAUGCAGAAGCAGCAGCCUCGGUUCUCAGAGGACCAGCGCAGGGAACUGGGUGCCGUGCACUCCUGGGUCCGGAAGGGUCAGCUGCCUCGGGCCCUCGAUGUGAUGGCCUGUGUGGAUUGUGGCAGUAGCACCCAAGACCCUCAACACUCCGAUGACCCCCUCUUUUCAGAACUGGAUGGACUGGGACUGGAGCCUAUGGAGGAGGGAGGAGGGGAGGGUGGGGGAGGGGAGGGCGAGGGCGGAGAAGAGACCCAGGCUCAAGCUGGGGCCAGGGUCUCCAGCUCUCAGGACCUGGCCAUGGAGGAGGAGGAACAAGGUGGGAGCUCAUCCAGUCCAGCCUUACCUGCCACAGAAAAUGGCACCAGCUAGACCACAUUUGGGGGCCCCCUGCGGCAGUGCAUGAGAAGCUUCCUUCUCCCGUGUUCCACCUCUCAGAACUCCGAUGUGGCUGGACCGACCAAUAGGAAACUGCCCCAGCUUCUCCCUCUUAGGGGGCGGGACCCCCAUCAGCAGCCCAGGAUCCAGGGGCUGCCUCCGGCUUCUGGGGGUACAGAGGGGGGAAUUCGUCAGCCCAGCCCAGAGAAGCCUCAUCUCCCAGCUCUGGUGAGGAGCCCUUCCUUCCCCGGGACGAGGAUGCUGACGCGCUGCUCAAGUGGUCUCCGAGUCCGGUCCCUGCGGGUUGGGGCUGCACUCACUCACUGGGGGAGACUGCCCUCUCUCCCACCUCCUCCCUAAAGGGGACAGGGAGGGCCCAAGCAGGACCCAGCGGUCCGAACCCCUAGCUGCUCCAGGGUGGGGGAGGUUGGUGGACCAUGGAGUCCCUGGUGCUGCCCCUCAGGUGGGACCCAGGUGUUCUCAGCUGUACCCUCUACCGAUGGCAUUUGUGUUUUUGAUAUUGUGUCUGUUAUUUUUUAAUACAAAGA